AUGUCUCUACCCAUCAAUUAUGAGGGUCUUCGGCACCAGAUAGAGAAGCUGGUGCGGGAAAAUGAGGAGCUGAAGAAGCUGGUGCGGCUCAUCCGGGAGAAUCACGAGCUCAAAUCUGCAAUCAAGACUCAGGCAGGCGGCUUCAACAGCGGGCUCUGCGAGGUGGCCACAGGGACUCCCCAGAAUCCAGGUGUCUUCCUGCCCGCCGUGGCCGCGACCGAGCCGGCCCUGGAGGAGCUGGGGGUGGUGGCGCUGGCCGACAUGCUGAGCGGCCCGCAGCCGGGCCCCUCGGCCGGGCCGCUCGUGGGCGCCCUGGGCAGCCCGCUCGGCCCGCUGCUGGCCGGCCCGGUGCCCGUGCAGCAGGCCGGCCCGUUCGCCGGGCUCCUGGCCGGCCCGGGGGCGGCGCUGCCCGGCGCGCUGGGCCUGGCCGCAGCCACCGGGUCGGUGGCCGCGUCGCUCAGCAACCCGCUGGUGGCGCCCGCGGCCGGGCCGGUGGCCGUGUCGCUCAGCUCCCCGCUGCUCGCCGCCGCGCCGCCGCCCGGGGCGCCCGCCCGAGGCCCGGGGCCGCCCGAGGCCCCGCGCGUGCGGCUGGCGGAGCCGCCCCGCGCCGCGCCCCCCGCGCCGCACCCCUCGGCCAGCGCGGGGCUCGCCGCCCCCAAAGUCACACUGUCCGGCGAUCCCCGGCCGACCCGGGACCCAGAGCCGCUCAGCGCGGCGCGGGUGGGCGCGCCCCGCCAGGCCUCCCCCGCGGGCGCCGCCCCGGCCCCGGCCCCCGCGCCCCCGCCGUCCCCCCGGGCCGCGCCGCCCCGCGCGCACCGCCCCGCACGCGCCAGGCCCGCGCCCCGCACCCCCCCGCGCAACCCCCACUCCCCGCCCCGCACCUCCUCCUCUCCGGCUUCAGUCAACGACGCCCGGGGGCCCCGCGCCACGGAGCCGACGCCGCGGAAGGCCGUCCAGGAGCCGGACCGGAAGGCGGCGCACCGCAAGGCCGGCAGGUUCCCCGACGCCUCCCGAGAGCCCAAGCAGCUGGCCUGGGAGCGGCUGGUCGGGGAGAUCGCCUUCCAGCUGGACCGCCGGAUCCUGUCCAGCAUCUUCCCCGAGCGCGUGCGCCUCUACGGCUUCACCGUCUCCAACAUCCCGGAGAAGAUCAUCCAGGCCUCCCUGAACCCCACUGACCACAAGCUGGAUGAGGAGCUGUGCCAGACACUCACGCAGCGCUACGUGAGCAUCAUGAACAGGCUGCAGAGCCUGGGCUACAACGGCCGGGUGCACCCGGCGCUGACAGAGCAGCUGGUGAACGCCUAUGGCAUCUUGAGGGAGCGGCCGGAGCUGGCGGCCUCCGAAGGCGGCUGCUACACGGUGGACUUCCUGCAGCGCGUGCUGGUGGACACCGUGCACCCCAGUAUGCUGACCGACGCGCUGCUGCUGCUCUCCUGCCUCAGCCAGCUCGCCCACGACGACGGCAAGCCCAUGUUCAUCUGGUAACACCGGUGCCAGGCUGGCCCCGGCUCUCCACCACACACUCCUGUGCAUGACCAUUAAAGCUUCCCACACACGCUAACCUGGCGCCCCACCGCACUCCUGCUCGGAGCCUCUCCACACCCACCAUGGGGUUCCGAAAAGAACAGGCAGAAGAGGGCUCAGCGGCUGUCGGCGGGGUGGACAGGAGGCCCAGGUCCUCUUUGCCUGGUGAUGAGGGCAGUAGAGGGAGGAGAGCCAGGAGAAAGCAGUCUCCCCAAGAUACCCUAGAUGGAGGAAGAGGGGGCCCUCAUCACAGGACUGCCG